ACCACCGGAAACGUACGAAUAGCGUUGGGCGCCAUUGUGUGUACCAAAACAAAACGGUGUUUACAAUCGAAGGCCAUCUAUAAUUUAUUGUAGCAUUUAUUUAUCCAAUCAUAAGUUUGACGAAAGGUUGAUAUAUUGCAAUGUCCAUUGGUGUACCCAUUAAAGUUCUGCAUGAGGCAGAAGGACACAUUGUGACAUGUGAAACAACAACCGGUGAAGUUUAUCGAGGGAAACUUGUCGAAGCCGAGGAUAAUAUGAACUGUCAAAUGUCUGCAAUCACAGUGACAUACAGAGAUGGAAGAGUAGCACAGCUGGAAAAUGUGUAUCUCAGAGGUAGCAAGAUAAGAUUUCUAAUAUUACCAGAUAUGUUAAAGAAUGCUCCAAUGUUCAAAAGAGUACAAGGAAAAGGAGGUUCAGCAAACAGGGGGAAGUCUGCAAUUCUACGAACGCAAGCUGCCCGAGGGAGAGGCCGGGGAGGACCAGGGGGGCCGAGAGGAGGCGGUGGGAACAUGUAUCAGAACCGGCGUCGUUAAUCACAGACAUAGACUUCAUCUCGUCAUCUCAGAUCUCCAUCAAAUGUGGAUCAGUAAUUACAACCAACACAGGGGUUGUAUUGGGAGAAGAGUGCAAUACACACGUAUUGCACAUUCAGUGUUCGUUUUAUUAUUUUUUUUUUUCAUUGAAGACAUCCAUGAGUGAGAAAAAUCAUUUCAUUUCCAGUGGAAGGAGUUAGUGUUGUACAUGUAUCAUGUUUUUAUUGUCAUCUUUGUAGAUUAAUAAUUGAAUAUGUACAUAAAGAUGAUAUUGAUUUUUUAAUAAAUAUGCAAAAAAUGU